AUGGCAGAAAACAUCGUCGUACCUAUAAUUGAAAUACGAGAGGAAUUCGCCACAUGUGAAAUCUGUCUGGAUGAAUUUGAUGACGGGGUUAGAACUCCAAGAACUCUACCCUGCCUCCAUACCUUUUGUUGUGAAUGUCUCGAAAAAAUGUGGGGAGCGGCUGCACAAGGGGUGAAAUGUCCCAAGUGCCGAAAGAUUUGGCCCGUCCAAGGUUCCAUCAAAUCCUCAUUUCGGCAAAACAAUAUGCUGAUGCACAUGGUGAAAUAUAUUGGUUUUAAGAAAAAGCUCUGCGAUUUGCAGUGCUAUCAAUGUCCUGAUAACAACAAAGCCACUGUUCGGUGUCUAGAGUGUGAGAAAUACCUUUGUGAGACCUGCGAUAGAUGGCAUGCAAGGUUUUUAGAACACACGUCCGUUCCUUUAACAGAAUUAGUUAACACACCACGAAACUUUCUAAAAACAAGCAGCAUGUGUCCAGUUCAUCGUGACAAGAAUAUUGAUGUAUACUGCAAGAGUGAAGCGUGUGAUAAAGCAAUGUGCACUACUUGUGCCCUCGUGUCUCACAAAGAACACGAUCUUUGUGACCUUAGAGAAUUCUGUGAUGCCAACAAGAAGAAAAUCAGUUCCUCGUUACCCGCUCUGAAGAAUGCAUCAGAACUGCGUACAGAAUACAAAAGCAAGCUUGUAGAGCAGAAUGCUAAUCUAGAUAAAAUGCAACAGCUCCUUAUGAACGAUAUAGACGAACAUUCAAGUAAGCUUGUAGAAAACGUUGAACAAAGUUCAAAGAAACUGAAAAGAUUAGUUAUGGAACAUGUAGCUAAACAAAAGGCCAUGAGAGACGAACAACUUGCCCUGGUUGAUAAGUCAGAAGAGCUGAAAGCAGAACACGUCUUGUAUUGUCAGCAGGCGCUGUAA